ACGGGGAGGCGGGGCAAAGAGUGUGCCUUGGACGGAUGAAGACUGGGCUCAGUCUUCCCCUCCCUUUCCCCCUUCUCCGAGGAACUACGGGGAAGAGGCCUUUAGGGCCCAGCGCGUGACCGCAGCCGCUUCACCUCCAGCAGGAGUCCGGAGCGCGAAGAGCCAGGUCAGGCUAGUCCGAGCCCGGGGAGCUACGGGUCUAGACCGCUCCCAGGACGAGCAAUCCUGAUUAUGACAUCACGACCAUCCCCUUGGUGAUGGAGCUCAUCAUUAGGAUGGAAGAAUGAGUCUGAGCAUAACAUACAAGAUGGGUUACUGGGAGCAUAUCGUGAGAGGUACUGAGUGGAGCCGUGAGGGGGCUGGAGCCUUGUGAACAGGGACCCUGCCCCACACCACCUGCCAGGGCCUGGUCUCAGUGAUGAGACAUGGGGUAUGAUGUAGCCCGAUUCCAGGGGGAUGUUGAUGAAGACCUUAUUUGUCCUAUCUGCAGUGGAGUUCUGGAGGAGCCAGUACAGGCCCCUCACUGUGAGCACGCCUUCUGCAAUGCCUGCAUCACCCAGUGGUUCUCUCAGCAGCAGACUUGCCCAGUAGACCGAAGUGUAGUGACAGUUGCCCACCUGCGCCCCGUCCCCCGGAUCAUGCGGAACAUGCUGUCAAAACUACAGAUUGCCUGUGACAACGCUGUGUUUGGCUGCAGUGCCGUUGUGCGGCUGGACAACCUCAUGUCUCAUCUCAGUGACUGCGAGCACAACCCCAAGCGGCCUGUCACCUGCGAGCAGGGCUGUGGCCUGGAGAUGCCCAAAGAUGAGCUGCCCAACCACAACUGCAUUAAGCAUCUCCGCUCAGUGGUACAGCAGCAACAGACGCGUAUUGCGGAGCUAGAGAAGACGUCAGCUGAGCAUAAGCACCAGCUGGCAGAGCAGAAGCGGGACAUUCAGCUGCUGAAGGCGUACAUGCGCGCUAUCCGCAGUGUCAAUCCCAAUCUGCAGAACCUGGAGGAGACCAUUGAGUACAAUGAGAUCCUAGAGUGGGUCAACUCCCUGCAGCCAGCACGGGUGACGCGCUGGGGUGGCAUGAUCUCCACACCAGACGCUGUGCUGCAAGCAGUCAUCAAGCGCUCUCUGGUGGAGAGCGGCUGCCCAGCCUCCAUAGUCAAUGAGCUCAUUGAAAAUGCCCACGAGCGAAGCUGGCCUCAGGGCCUGGCCACCCUAGAGACACGUCAGAUGAAUCGGCGCUACUAUGAGAACUACGUGGCCAAACGCAUCCCUGGCAAGCAGGCAGUGGUGGUGAUGGCCUGUGAGAACCAGCACAUGGGGGAUGACAUGGUGCAGGAACCAGGGCUUGUCAUGAUAUUUGCGCACGGCGUGGAGGAAAUCUAGGAAAACACAGCAAGACUAUAAAGCGAGAAGGAAACCUGAACCCCCACCAUUCCACUGGGCAUGUCCCUCUCACCCCCAGUUGCCUAUAUUCAAGCCCCAGCUUCUCACUCUCCUGGCACUAAAGUGCCCCAGGGCAUUAGUUUCUUCCUCCCUCAUACCUCUAGCCCCCUGUGCCCAAGAGGGAGAUCCAGAUGUGGAUGCUAUUACUCUCAUCUCCUUUCCCCCCAAAUUUCUGUACAGUUUCAGCCUGAUUGGAAGGGUCCCCACCUCUACUUGCCCUAGGUCCAGAUGUUUGCAGAAGGCACAAAAAUGUCCAUUGCUCCUAGAGGAGAGGGUAGCACCACCUCAAACCAAGGGGGUUGGAGCCUGUAGGCAUUCUGGUCCUCAGCAGGAUUGAUGGGGAAAUGUGAAGGGGUGAGGCAAGGUCAGAAGAAAAGACAUAGGAGUGGUAAGUGAUGCCAAAUGGAAACUGAUCAGCACUGGUGACUGGGAGUGGGGUGGGGAUGGUGCUUAUGACCUCUGUGCCAAGCGGGAAUCUUUCUCUUCACCCUUGGGGAGAGGGGCAGAUUUUAGCUGAAUGGGUGGGGGAAUGGGUACUGUAAUGUGUCAGCAGGGCCUCUCUUCUGUCUUCCACUUUUCAUAAAUAGAAUGAUGGGUUCUGGGAGUUUGGGGGUGGGGGCAGGUUGGUGCAGCCAGGAAAGAGCCCUUCCCUGCCAGGCUUUUGCCAAAGUAGGGUGAGCUGAUGUCCUUUAUGGUUAGGGCAAUGGUAGUUUCCAGAUUUCCCCUCCCCCUCCCUUGUGAUUGUGGUUCAGUAUUUUUUGUAAUAAUUUGCUUUUAGGUUUUGUUCUGUUUGUAUAUCUCCCCAUUUGGCGAGUUUUGUGUUUAAAAAGAGUGAGCCACCUCUGGCCUCUCCCAUUUCCCACUCAGCCAAGUGUUGGGUGUUUAAUUUAUUUACAUUAUUUUUUCUUUCCUUUUUUCUGCCCCCCCCCCCACGAGACCAAAAAAGCUUCCCCUUUCUCCUCCUCAUCCAAACUUUCUUCCCAAACCCACGAGAAUUAAGAACAUCAUUCCUUUGCUGUUCCUGUUGUGGGGGAUUAUCCUGGGUGUGAGGGUUGGGACGGGGUUUAUUCUUCCCCUUCAUUACCUCUGAUGUUUUGCUUGAGCAUAGGUGAACACAGUGGCCGUUGGCUGAUAAGAGAGCUAUCUAUGUAUCUACUCUCCAACCCUAAUUUCCCAGGUUAGUCUUCUGUCUGACCCCCAUCAAAGUCUAUUGAAAGACCAACAAUGUCUCAGCCAUUUGGAAAGCUGGAGCCUCUGGCCUUCUCACCCUGAAACUCCUUGGAGUUUGUAGCAUUAAUUUUUGAAGACGAGCUUCUCUUUUCCCUUGAGUUGUGGGGCUGGGUUUGGGCAAGCUGCUAUUGCCACUUUGUCAUUGGUUUAGGUUCAAGUUGGUCAUCCAGGGCAGCUCUCAGACUCUGAACUGGCUGCUGGUUGCUUGGAAGCUGGUGGGUGGACAAUUGUUUUGCUUCUCAAGGCACGGCUUGAGGUCAGUCCUUUCAUAUCCAUUUAGUUUCUGUUCUUUUUGGUAUUUCCUGUGUAGGCCCGCUUGCAGUUGGUGAGUGGCCGCCCUUCUAGGGGUACCUCUAGAAUUGGACAGGACAGGCAUGUGUUCUAGCUCCCAUCAGGAGCUCAGAAAUUAGAAAAAGCUUUUCUACUAGGUGUAGUUACUGUAGCUAGUAAGUUUCCUGCUAUCUAACCCACAAGACUCAUACCCUCUUUCUCCUGAAACCCAAAAAUUAAUUUGGAAUCAUGAUUCUGGCAGUCUCCAUUCCUCAUGCUGGUCUACAGGUUCUGGCUGUAUUUGUGUUCAUGAUAUUGACUGCAUUCCUAAUAAACCUUUUACUCUACUCACCAAAUUCUUAAUUCAGCCUUUCUACCAGGGUUUCUCCUCUGCCCUUUAUUUCUCCCCUUUUUAACUCUCUUUGAUACUUAUUUGGCUUUAUAACCUGCUUUGGUCUCCAAUGUGUAAGUUUCUAAAGGUCACACUUUUUUUUUUUUUGAGGGUGUGUGUGUGUGUGUGUGUGUGUGGCAUUUUUGGGUGCUUUUCUUAAAUCCCUUUCUCUUUUGCCAGCUGCCUAUAUUUUUAUAACACAGACUGGUAUCUUUACCUUCAUACAAUCCCCUUGUUUUAACUGUGAAUCAUAUAUCCAAGGUCUCAAAUCCUAAUUUGACCCUCCCUGUCUCUAAUUGAUAUCUACAAUGGGAACUUUCCCCCCUUCUGUCAUCUUUGCUUUGAAUACCUAGUUUCUGUACUAAAGAAGGGAACUGUGAUCUCCUUUCACUUGCCUUGAUCAUUCUCAUGGAAUGAAGGGGCAACCUGAGGAUACAAUAAAUAGCAGCUGUCCACAAGAAGAGUGUGACAUUGGCCUUGCAGCCACAAAGACCUGCCCUGUGAAUGAGUGCUGGCUGUGUUACCUGAGCUAGUUACCUAACAUCUCAGUGUUCUAACCAGCUAAGGUUUAGAUUUGCCAAGAAGGUUCUGACCUACAUUGGUAGUAAGAGUUUCCUUAUGCAAGGCCUCCUGCUACUAAUGAAAUCCCAAGUCCUAUCCCCCUCUGAAGAACAUUACAGUCUCUUUGGUGCUACAGUGCAUAAGUAUGAAGUGACCAGAAUGUAGUGACUGAGCUAUUCCCUUAAAUGUGGCGAUGGGUCAGGAGCAGGGACGUGGAGUGACCUUGCUUCUAGUGAGGGUGCUGUUGCUCAAAACAUUUUCAGAAUUGUCUUCAAAACCUGUGGAAGUCUUUGGAAUACUGUUCAAUAGUACCUUCAUUCUGUACUUCUCCCUUCCUCUCCCCCCUCCCUCCCAAAAAUCAUUUGAAGCCAAAACUGGCAAAUUAGUGGUUAAUUUGGCCUUUUUUUUCCUUUUUUUUUUUUUUAAAAAAAAAGAGACUUGAAUUUGUUGGCCAAGGAUCAAUGUAGCUCAGUUGGAGAGGCUUAUCAAAAGUAAGUUGGCAACUAGGUGACAAAAAUUUUUGGCCAUGGGGGCACAAAGCAAUUAGGGAAUUGGGAGGCACUAUACAAAUGUGAUUGUGAAACAUUGCAUUUGUAAGUGUGAAGAGGCUUGUUGGUCAGAGGAUUGGAGUUCAGUGGUUAGUUUUGAUAACUUUCUAGCUGUGUGACCCUUUGGGAAAGUCACUUAAUCUCUCUGGGCUUCAUUUUCCUAAUCUGCAAAUCAGAAAUGAUACUUGCACUGCCUACCUCACAGGGUUGUUGUGAGGAACAUGCUUUGUAAGCCUAAAAAUGUUUUAUGGUUUACACUGUAAAUUAUUAAUAAAUGUGAGUUAAUUCUAAGAGAAAAAAAUGGUAUUUUAA